GUCAAAAAAGUCAAAUCAACGAGACGAAACGUCAAGUGUGACGUACCCAAAUAAAUAAAUCAAAAUAUUCGAAAUGUUUUAACGAAAAUCAAGGUAGUUUCAAAGUUUUCAUCGGCGAAUUCCAAUCGAUCUCGAACAGGUUCAUCGACAAAUGAUCGUACAUAAAAUCCAACGGUAAUUACGACAAAAUGAUCGCCCAGAAGGCAGAUUUUCCGAACAGAGAGGCUACGAUAAAUACGCUGAAAGAACUGUGCGCUAACAAUUCCGAAUAUUUCUCGAACGACAAUUCCGAAAAUGGCCAAAGACUGUACAUGUCUUGCAUGGCAAUGAUUGAAAUCUCCGAAAGUAUUAAAAUAAAAACUGGCUAUAUCGAAACCAAGGUAGCUUCAUUCGACUUCGACGAAAAUACUCCAGGCAACGGUUACAGAAGCUUCAUUAAAGUUGUAGAUUUGGCUUUGAAGCUUGCACUAACCGCCCUCGAAAGGGUGACUGAUAGAAGGGACAGCUUGUUAUUUAGAAAGACUACUAUUACAAAAGAUGUUGAAUCUUGCUCACAUUUAUUAACCAGCAUCGAGGGCUGUUUAAAUCAAUUAGAAUCUCAUUUAUGUUGGAGUGAUCCGGGUGAUCUCUUUGUAAGAGAUGAUUGCCCUUUACAUGAGUUAUUGGCAAAAUAUGGUGAAAUCAAUCAACACUGCUUUUAUGGCAGAAACCUCGGAUUUCAGUUUUGUGACUCAAUUAAGAAUCUCCUGCAAUUUAUAUCGUUAUCGAUGGCACUAUUUUCCGAAGUGUACUACAGCCAAGGUUCUCUCCUGCAAAAGGCGACGAAUUCGGCGAUGUCCUCGGCGAAGUUCCUCACCGAUCCCGAACUCCGGGCUCGACGCAUCGUAAACCUGGGCCAGAACGCCGAAGUGGACUUCUGCAAGGCCUUCUGGUUCCUCUCCGAGACGGAAUUGCUGAACCAAUUGCCUUCGAUCGUGGCCCCGUCGGUGGCCGUUUCUAAAAUCAUUCAAUUACCGCCCGAACCGCUCGUGGCGAAGACCACCGAAGGCGAGGAAAUCGACGUCCCGGUGCCGGCCUCUUUCAUCGGUCGAAAAUCCGUGCAAGUUCGCCUCAUCAGCCACAAGAUCCGCACGGGGAUGAUCGGCACCAAAGGUAAAGGCGGCGAGCCGCCCUCCAAAGGCCUAUUGUUCCAUUGUCACGGGGGCGGCUUCGUCGCCCAAUCGUCCAAAUCGCACGACGGCUACCUGAGAGAUUGGGCGAAGGAAUUGGACGUGCCCAUUCUGUGCGUCGAUUACAGCUUGGCCCCCGAAGCGCCUUAUCCCAGAGCUUUGGAAGAGAUCUUCUACGCCUACUGUUGGGCCCGAAAGCACUUUAGCCUUCUGGGAUCCACAGGCGAGGUUAUUGUAGCGGCGGGGGAUUCGGCCGGAGCGAAUUUACUUCUGAGUACGACUUUGAAAUGCGCUAAAUUGAAAAUACCAGUAUUUACCGGUUUGUUCGUGGCCUACGCGCCUACUUUAGUCCAUUACACGCCGUCGCCUUCACGAUUGUUGUGCAUGAUGGAUUCAUUGAUACCCUUUGGAUUCCUAAUGAGAUGUCUCAAAGCUUACGCCGUUCCGGAUCCGAACGUGAAGCAGUUCGCUUCGAACAGCGAUGCCGAUAAUUCCGAUACGGAAAGCUUCGAGGAAAUAUCCGAAUCGGAUUUGAUGGAGCUGCGCGCCCAACGAUCGCCCGUUUCUGAGCAAUCCGACACCUUGACCUACGAGUCACUGAACUCCGAAGACGAGCCGGAAGGGUCGUCGAAGAUGAAAGGUCAGAUGAAGGAGUUGCUUGAAAGCUGUAGUAGAGCUGGUUCGGACUCGGAAGCCGAUCGUAAAACUACAGAAUCUUUGCAGACUAAAUUUACGUCGAUCAUCUCGAAUUUUAGGGAAUCAUUUUCGAAAUAUUUAAUUGUAGGUGAUAGGGGGCGCGCUUCGGAGGCUACUAAACUCCUGGAUUUGGAUGUGGAUCCGAAGAGUUCGUUUAUGGAUAAGUUUUCGUUCGACGUGCCCAAGGAUCCUUUCCUUAGUCCUUUAUUGGCCGCCGAUGAGGAUUUGAAGAAAUUUCCACCGACUAGAGUUUUAAGCGUUCAAAUGGAUCCUUGUCUUGAUGAUUGUAUCAUGUUCGCAAGAAGGCUGAAAACUAUUGGCAACAAUGUACAAGUGGAUGUAUUGGAAGGCCUACCGCAUGGAUUUCUCAAUUUUUCGUUGUUCUCCAAAGAGGCCUAUGAUGGUUCGAAAGUGUGUAUUAAACGAAUCGAUGAAUUAUUGAAUAAAAUUAAACAAUAAUAAUUAGUUUGAUUAGUCAAUUUAAAUAAAAUCUAAUUUAUUUAAAUGUUAAUCUAAACCAACAAAAAACAAUAAACUAAUAUGAAUAGUUCUCGCCCUAUUUUAUAGAGGAGAGAAACUCAAGUAUUAUUAGAUAUUGUACCUAUAUGUAAUCGAGAUAUCAAAAGGCUAUUUUAAAAUUGGACAUCCCCAAACAAAAGAAAAUAAUUUCUUUAAAUCUUGUCACGUUCAAAAAAUUUGUAAUCUUCAAAAUACUCAUCUUCGAAUAUUUCUAUUAAUAAAGCAAUAAAAAUCCAGAAUAGAUGCUUUGUUCAAAAGUGUCUUGAAAACUAGUCAUUUUAUUAUUGCUUUAUCCGCAAUUAUCAAAGCUUGCAGCUGAUAUCUCGGUUAAUAUAUUAAUGGAAGGCGAGAUUUGUUUGUAAAAAUAAAAUAGUGAUAUUAUUUUUAUAUGGUAUUUAAAACUUGUAAUUGAUCGGGAUAUUUAUACAUGUAAAUGAAUUGUUAUUGCUUAUGAAGUUUUGGCCUAUAAAUUAAAGAAAUAUGAAUAUUUAAUAAACGUUUUUGUUUCAUACUUUUACAGGGUGUAUAAAAAUCAUUAAUCGAUAUACACUGAUCGUUAUUGCCAAAUUUGAUUUGUUGAUUCGAGUAACUGUAUACUCAUCAGUCUACCAUCUUACACAAACUUUAACCAAUUAAUGUCCUGCACUUAAAAUAAUGAUAUACCUAUUAAUCCUGAUGGGGCGAAUAAAACUUUGUAGAUAAAGUAGGCGAUAUGGGAUCCCCGAACCUUUCCGUAAACGAAUCUUUGUGGCUUUUGGCCCUCGUCUCGAUGGCCCUGUCAUAGAAUCUGGACAAUUUAACGGCAUUCGAAGUACCUGCGGCGAGAUACCUGGUCUGCCUGCAGUCCAUGACGAUUUCGUCGCAUCCCAAACUCGUCGCGACGCUCUCGGAGCGCGUCUUGCGAUCGUCUGACUGGUCCACUUUCGUUCCGAUCACUAGAUAAGGGAUCGUUGAUGUGUUGCCUAUGUAACUCUCCUGGUCGAAUUCGAUGUCGAUACCAAUCCCAGGGGAGUUCGAUAGGAUGUUUAAAGACGUGGAGGAUUUCCGUUCUCUACUGUUCUUUCCGAUUUCUCGCACCCACUUGUGUAGGUUUUUUUCGGAUUUACCGUUGGUGAGGUCGUGGACUAAUAUGGCUCCGUGGCAGGGAUUGUAGAAUACAGAUCUAGCGUUUCGGUGGGAAUGGCUUCCUCCGAUGUCCCAGAAUUCCACGAAGAAGGUCUUUUGUUCCUUCAUACCU